GAAACGUGCGGGGUUCUGGGCUUAGGCUUAGGGGCGUGACGUUGGACUGAUGCGUCUCUCGUUUCCUUAUUUCGCAUCUCUCUCUAGCUGUCUGAUCUGCCUCUUCCCUUUCCUUCUUUCCUUCUUCCCUUCUUUUGACCCACCUUCCCUCUUCUACUUCAAUGUCUUUCACUCUCCUUAAUCCAUUCCCACACUUUUUUUCUCUCUUUCACCGUUAAGAUUCUUCCCCAAUUCUCACCAAAGCACAAUCACAACACAAACCCUCUUUUCCCCAUCUUCCCUCUUAGGGUGCAAAAUGAAGUCCUCGCUCAGCAAGUUGAAGAAAAUUGCACUUCACAAGACCGUUUCCAAGGACAAAAGGGACUUUCACCCCACCGUCAAGUUCGACGAACUCGCUCUUGCUGCCAAGGACAUGCAAGAUAUGAGAGAUUGCUAUGAUAGCCUGCUUUCUGCAGCUGCUGCUACACAAAACAGUGCUUACGAAUUUGCUGAGUCGCUGCAGGAAAUGGGUACUUGUCUUUUGGAGAAAACUGCCUUAAAUGAUGAUGAAGAAAGUGGUAAAGUUUUGGGGAUGCUUGGAAGUGUGCAGCUGGAACUUCAGAAGCUUGUUGAUAGCUAUCGUUCUCACAUUGUACUGACAAUAACCAAUCCAUCGGAGUCUCUUCUUAAUGAACUAAGAACCGUUGAGGACAUGAAGCGACAAUGUGAUGAGAAAAGAGAGGUUUAUGAAUACAUGAUUGCACAACAAAAAGAGAAAGGAAAGUCAAAAAGUGGCAAAGGUGAAAGUAUCACCUUACAGCAGUUGCAGGCAGCUCAUGAUGACUAUGAAGAAGAAGCAACACUUUGUGCCUUUCGAUUAAAAUCACUCAAGCAAGGCCAGUCACGCAGUCUCCUAACCCAAGCAGCACGUCACCAUGCUGCUCAGUUAAAUUUCUUUCGGAAAGGACUUAAAUCACUAGAGGCGGUUGAGCCACAAGUCAGGAUGGUUGCUGAACGACAACAUAUUGGUUACCAAUUUAGUGGCCUUGAGGAUGACAUUGGUGAAGAUGGUAAUAAUGAUGACAGUAAUGAUUUUGAUAUCAUUGAAGGCGGUGAGCUGAGUUUUGACUACAGAUAUAAUAAGCAAGGGCCAUAUAUUGUUUCCACAUCACCAAACUCAGCAGAGGUGGAAGAACCAGGUCGCCCUUAUGUUCGAGCUUCAACCCCAGAAACUGCAGAAACAAGUCUAGACAAGAACCAAGGGGAUUUUAAACUUUCAAGUAGAGUCAGCAGUUAUUCAGCUCCAAUACUUGCAGAAAAGAAAUUUGACCCUGCUGAAAAAGUAAGACAACUUAUAGCAUCAUCUGCAGCAAAGUCUAAUGCAUAUGUCCUUCCUACACCAGUUAACAUCAAAGAAACCAAAAGUAGCUUAGCCCCCCGCACAAGUGCAAGUGGAUCUUUGCAUAAUUUGUGGCAUUCUUCUCCUCUGAAUGAAAAAAAGAAUGAGAAAGAUAUUGAUAGUAAAUUGUCUGAACCGACUAUCCAUAGAGCUCACUCUGUUCUCAAAGAAAGUAAUAGUGAUACUACAUCCAUCCAGUUACCACGCCCUUCAGCAGAUGGACUCUCACUUCCACAAGUUGAUGUUUUCAAUGCUUCUGAUACUAAGAAAAUAAAGAUACAAGCCUUUUCUGGUCCAUUGACUAAUAAACCAUUGUCAGUAAAACCUAUUUCGGGGGGUUUUCCACGUUUACCUGUACCACAGCCUUCAUCUCCAAAAGCAUCUCCCAAUGCUUCACCUCCCCUUGUUUCUUCACCCAGGAUAAGUGAGCUUCAUGAACUUCCUAGACCUCCUGGUAGUAAGCCAGUGAAAUCUUCUCGAGUGGGUCACUCUGCCCCAUUAGUAUUUAAAAAUCCAGAGGUUACUGUGGCUAAUAAAUUUUCUUCAGUUAUAUCCAGUGUAGCAUCUCCACUCCCAACACCACCAAUAGUCUCUCGGAGUUUUUCUAUACCUUCCAGUGGUCAGAGGGCUAUGACAUUAAAUGUUUCUAAUGCUAAGUAUUUGGAUAGUCCCCAAGUUUCAAAGGUUGAUAAAGCUCCAUCACCACCUCUUACACCCAUGUCUCAAAGAGUCUCUAGUAUACCUGAUAUGGCUUCUCACUCCAGUGAAAUCCAAGUGGAUGCAGGUGGGAGCUAAAUCUCAUGAACACAUACCAAGGAAUGAGUUCUGAAUUAUUCUUACUAGUUCAAGUAUCUUUAUUCUAUGCUUGUGGGAGCUAAGUCCCUUGCGUUGUGGAGUUAUAGGGGGUUUUCCGACAAAAAGGUUCAGGCAAAUAUGUGUAAAUAUGUUGUUGAUGUAUUGUUUAGCUUCUCAUCUCAAUUUGUAUCUAUUAUUUUUACUUUAACUAGUGAUGAUGAGAACUAAACUCUACAUGAUUGUCAUUAUAAUGUGUUGUGUAUAUAUUCGGAUGAAAAAUUUUGUUCACUUCUCCAAGUUCAACAUGACGACAAUGGAAGAACUUUAGCAAAAGAGUGAAAUCCUUACCAUUUUUUUCA